AUGCGCGAGAGAGAAGCUUCUGAGGCAGCAGCUGCGCGGGCUGCCGCCGAGGAGAUUUGUUUCGUGGAAAUGGAGGCGGCCAUGCGCCUCGGACGAGACCGCGCAGCGCUGAGCCUGCAGCGCCAGGAGUGCCCGGGGCGACGGGAGCCUGCGCAGAAGACGCCGGAGGCUGAAGCGCGCCUUCCGCAGCCACGAGGUGACGCACGCAAUUCGCUCUUCUCUCUUGCCGCCUCGCCGCCGCCGCGGGCCGUCGCGGCUCUGCUCACCCACUACCACGUGCAGCGCCUUCAACGCCUCCACGCGCUGCGGGAUCAACAGUCCCUCUUGGAGAGACAGCGAGAGGGGAGACAGUGGGGCGAAAAGCUGCAUGCAUUUGGCGAGAGGGGCCAUCCGCGCGUGCAGCUCGCGUGGUCCUCUUCGCUGCAGCGUCAGGUGCGGGGAAGUGCAGCCGUGCGGAGACCGGGGAGAGGCUGUGCCGGAGAGGCAGCGCGGGGGGGACAGGUGGGAAACGCAACCGCGUCCGGUUUCUCCUUGAGCGACUACCUGUUCUUCGCAGAAGAUGGCGACGAGCCGAGCGGGACGAAGGAAGCGGAGGGACCGACACGGGCGGAAUGCAAGACGUUGGCGGCGCAAGGCGUCCCAGCGGAAGCACGGGAGACGGUCGCAAGGGAAGACACCGGAGACCGAGGGGAAUCGGGCGUCUGCCGAGACGGACAGGCGUCCGUUUCUUCGAUUCCGGCAACUGGGACGGUGCCGUUAAGUCGGCCAGCGGGCGGAGACAGCGGCGCGGCUGAACCGGUGCGCGAUGGAAAGCGCAACCUGGCGCCUGCCGGCGACAGACCGGAGAAGCCGGAGAGUGCCGAGGAGGGCGCAGCGAGCGGAGAGCGCGGAGCGGAAGCGCCACGCGGGCGUGAAAAGUUGGCAAUGGAGGCGGGCGCGUCGGAGGUGGAACGCGGAACUGCACAAGUGGCGACGAAGGGAGGCGAGGAACCCGAGAUGGACGAAGACCAAUUCCUCGAUUUUCUCUUUGGGCCGGGGACGUCGUCGUGUUCCACGUCUUCGUCGCCUCGGCACGACCAGGAGGGCGCUUCGUCCGCGCGUCGGUCCACGCCUCUGUCUCCGUCGGCUGCUUCGCGCACGCAGUCCGUUAGCCGAAGCAGUUCGCCCGCGGCGGAAGGUUGCGGCGGACCCGCAGGCGCCGAGGACGAUGCGCUCCUGUCGCGGCCUGCUCAGCUCGCCGCGCAGCGCUUUGCGGCGACUCCGCCGGCCUCGCUGAGCGAGGCUCUGCGUCUGUGGCAGACUGCCUGGCGGGACUCCGCGGCGUUUGCUGCGCGGCAGCCUGCGGGCGAGGCCCCGGCCGCAAAGCGUCGCUCGGCGGGCGCCCGCAUGGCCGCGCAUGCAGAAGAAAAGGAGUCGGUCCGCCUCAGCGAGGCGAACCGCGGGGCGGCCGCGCACGUGUGCCACGGCCGCUCGUGCGACAUCUGGAGCAUUCCGCAGUUCGAGUUGUACCUGUGUCGAGACUCUGGGGCGUUCCACUGCUGCGGGAUUCGCUGCGACCGCAUGGUGGCCUCAGACUGCGACGUCGGGUUCCUCGUCUGCCCCGUCUCCGGGCUGAUGGUAGACCCCGCGCUCAUCAACGCGUGGACGGCGCGCGAGCGACAGAGUUCCCGCGCAGCUCUCGCGCCCACAAACGGCGACUCCCGCUGGGCGCCGGCGGACGUCGCGGCGCUUUUGGACUUCGCCGGUAGCCGCUCCAAGGAGAGCGACGCGCUCCGGCUCCGAUCGGCCGAACUGAUGAACGAACUGGUGGUAGCGACGUACGUGAGCGAGCAGCAGGCUGGUGCAGAAGACGACGACGAGAUGGCGGGGAUCGGCGGUAUGUUUGGCCGGUUCUGGACGGCGGGAUAUUUGGCUGAGAACGAAGGCGAGCUCUUGAGACCCAAGAAGCGGUGUAAGUACACCUGA